CAGUGAUGUACUGUAGCUAGGUGAACGAUCCGUGCGCGGCGUGUCGUAUCCCAUCUCAGACGGAGACCCAGUGUGCCUACGAAGUGUGAACACACAUUUUGGGGUUUAGUUUUUCGUUGUUUCUGCACCGGUUUUGUUUGUUUCGAAGUAAGCCCUUUAGCUAAAUGGAGAUCAAGAAAUAAGUGCAGCGCACGACAGUAAACCAGCCCGCCAGAAGAAACGAACGAUCCGAUCCGUGCAAGACAGCAAGACCCCUGCCCUCGGUUGUUGUUCUGUGAGCGCGUGUGUCCCCUUGUUUGUGUGUAUCCUUUGGCGGGUUGUGUGUGAUCGUGCGUGUGCUUAAGUGAGUGUGUGUGUGUGGGUUUGUGUUGUUCACGAAUGAGGUAAAAUGUUAGGACCGACCAAAUGGAGACUUCUAACGAUCGUUGCCGGUAUACUGCUAGCCCACGCGAUCGAAUCACCGACCAGUAAGGGCAACAAGCUCAAUGCCCAGGUACGCUCGUUCACCAAUCCCGAACUGGGGCUGCGCAUCGAACAGAUCAGCCCGUGGAGCACGGGCCGGAACAUCCCGGCGCGGAACCUGCUCGUACCGCAUCAGCUGUUCUCGCGCGUCGACAACAUCCGCUACAUCGACAGCCGGACACCGAACAGUCGCCAUCUGCAGAGCACGUUCGGUGCGUUCCGGAUAGCGGACCAGCAGCAAACACCGAGCUCGGAUGGGCUUCAGCGCCGCCGCUCGAAGGCGAUCCAGAUGCGCAGAUCGGAUGAGGCGGGCGUGGACGCUGGGCUACCGCUGGAGCAGCAGCCGGGUGCAUCGGUACUGCCGUCGCCGGAACAGGAACCGAUCUAUCAAAAUGUAUCCCGCAGCCAGCGCCAACAUCGGUACAAGAUCAUCCCGAUCAGCUACUUCUACCGCGAGGAGGCGCAACCAGUGCUGCCAGCGAACCUGAAACCGGUCGGUCCGAGUCGUCCGCCGAAGGAGACUGAAAACGACGAACCGGAAGUUCCGGACACCAGCUCCAAGCAGGCCCAGGAGCAAGAGCACGCCCAGGGCGGUGAUGAGUAUGCACGAUCGGACACACCCGUCAUUGGAGCGCGCCGGUCGGGCAUCCAGUUCCCAGGACCGCUGAAGGCAGCGAACGGAUUCACCCCGCAAGGCUACAGCGAGGAAAGUUUAACGCUCGGUGACAACUUGGGCAUCUUCCAGCAGCCCGUGAGCACUGCGGACGACUACGGCCCGGUGGAUGGCGAGGCGGGACACGACGGACGCGGCACGGAAGAGUUCUCGCGCAGUCUGUACGCGAAUCGGUACUUCCGGGACUUUAACCGACCGCCGAUCGAUCUGCGUCCGGCCGAGUCGCUGCCCCGUCCAAGCCGGCUGAUCGAGUUCCCGGGCAGCGUGAACGUGAAGCAACCGUUCCGCGACGACGUGACCAAGUUUGGCGACGUGGCCGGACCGGUGACGGCCGUGCAGCGACCGUUCGGUGAGUUUGGCGGUGACGGCCAGAAGAACUUCCGCGCGUUCGAUCCCACCUACUACACGGACAGCCCGUACCAGCCGAACCGGCCGGCGUACUUCCCCGCCAAGCUGUACACCGAGCCGAACCAGAAGAUCUACCAGCCGCUGUGGAAGACCCGGUCGCCGCGUGUCGUCUUCCCGCAGGCGCAGGACCUUGCCUCCGGGCCGUCCGGGUUCGGCGUGGACAAUGUUGUCUUUCGGGAUCAAAACUUUGGGCUGAACGAGCUGGCCGCCAUCCAGGACGUGCGGAACGAGUUCAACCAGGACGACAUCAACGAUGAGCCGGCGACGACCAGCAAAGAUCGUGUCGGUGGUGACGGUGGUAACAAUCGCGGUGUGAGAACCGAACUACAGUGCCAGCACGAGGGCGGUACGUGCGAGUUCUUCCUGCUCUGCUGGAUGUCGGGCGGUUUGCUGCAGGGUACGUGCGGCGGUAUGCUGAAGGGCUGCUGCCAUCGGACGGCCAAAUCGGCCAACAUCGGUAUCGACGCGAGCACGGCGGUGGAUUUGACGAACGUGCCCGCGCUAGAGUACGGCCCAGUGCAGAACGAUCCCAGUUGCGGAAUAUCGUUGGCAAAGCAGACGGCCCAGCGGCGGAUCGUCGGUGGUGAUGAUGCUGGAUUCGGCUCCUUCCCCUGGCAGGCGUACAUCCGGAUAGGUUCUUCAAGGUCUAUGCUUUCCAGAUGCGGGGGUUCGCUGAUUUCGCGCCGGCACGUGGUGACCGCGGGCCACUGCGUUGCGCGCGCGACCCCACGGCAGGUGCACGUGACCCUCGGCGACUACGUGAUCAACUCGGCGGUCGAGCCGCUGCCCGCCUACACCUUCGGCGUGCGGACGAUCAACGUGCAUCCGUACUUCAAAUUCACACCGCAGGCCGAUCGGUUCGAUGUGGCCGUGCUGACGCUGGAGCGGACGGUGCACUUUAUGCCCCAUAUCGCCCCCAUCUGUUUGCCGGAGAAGAAUGAAGAUUUCCUCGGAAAGUUCGGCUGGGCGGCCGGCUGGGGAGCGCUCAAUCCUGGUUCGCGGCUGAGACCCAAAACGCUGCAGGCGGUCGACGUCCCGGUGCUAGAUAAUCGGGUGUGCGAACGAUGGCAUCGCUCGAACGGCAUCAACGUGGUCAUCUAUCCGGAGAUGCUGUGCGCUGGAUACCGGGGCGGUGGCAAGGACUCCUGCCAGGGCGACUCCGGUGGACCGUUGAUGCACGAGAAGACUGGCCGAUGGUAUUUGAUCGGUAUCGUGUCCGCAGGCUACUCAUGUGCCACCAGAGGCCAGCCCGGUAUCUACCAUCGGGUGGCCAACACGGUCGACUGGAUAUCGCACAUUACACAAAUUUCCACCUAAUCCGUGUCCCGUGCACCAGGAUCCAGACUGGCUCCACUCCCCUCCCGUUACCCCCGGAAACGCCGAAGCAAACGAAGCAAACGUAAAAUGGGUUUCUGCUGCAUCUAAGUCACACGACAAACCGUUCAUUUCACAAAACUCGUGGAGCAGCAGCAGCAAGGACUGUUGGCAAGGGGUGGGAAAGGAGUGAUAUAAGAAUAGUCCUGCAAGACCUAUUCCACCGUACGACAGGCCACUACUAGAAAACCGCACACCGGGGUAAAGUUCUUCGCCAGAUGUGUCGGAGCUUUGUGCGAACAAUCAGCCGCCGGUGGGAUUUAAUUUAUGAAAACGAUAUAUAUUUAUUGUACUGCCUUACGGUCUUCAAGACACGCAUUCGCAUGCGGCACGAUGCAACGUGUGACUAUUUCAAACUGCACUAAAGUAGUACUGGUUCGCACGAGAGUUAGGGGGAAAAGAUAAGAGAGCUUACUUCAGCGUACCAUAAAAGAAGAAAAGAAACACUAACAAACCCAGCAACAAAAAAAAAAGCAUGAAUCCAACACACUACCACACGCGCACGCAGUGAAAAUGUGAUAUGUAAAAAAAAGCAAUGAUUCAACUGGCCCUGGAAGGAAGCAACCGAAAACCUGAAGCCUCAGCAAAGGUGGCAUGAAAGCUUCCCAAGAGAUGGCUAGUUUAGAGAGGCAGCAGUGAGGCACUAGAACAAGCGAUGUAGCGACGCGUUAAGCCGACGAAACCAGACGACAGACCAGCGGAGGACGAAAAGACGAUACAAAUUGUAUAAAAACAAAAUCGACACCACUGAAUACUUAUUAUCACCAAACGACGAUCGCAGUGGACAACUGUGUGUACUAUCGUAUGCGCUAAUUACACGUUUCUGUGAAACUGUACAAUUAGCACGGUACACGGUCCAUUAAAUGUAAACGAAACCCCCUCCCAGACACCAGGACGAGAACGAGGAAUGGUAGCAGCAGAAUAUAGGUACGCACGUCGCUGCAGUAGUAGAAGAAGAAGAUGGUAGAAAUGUACAUGUAAUCCCGCCGCGUUGCGUUAAACAAAAACGACCCUUCACGCUCCACGCUCUCCAGCCCGUUUAAUGAUACGAUACUGUAAAUAUUAUUUUUAUUCUGCUGGCAGUUUUACGUAGAAACAAAACAACAAAAAAGCUUGGAAAACCGCGAUGUGUAAAGCGCACCACAAGGAAUCAUCGAAAAAAAAGAGGUGAAAAAUGUAGGCACAGCAAAACUUUUCGGCUCCCCGUCUAAGGAAGCGUAGAGAGCAUUGAGUGAAACACAGUGAAACACAAAAAUCAAAACAAUAAGUUUUUGUUUUCACUCACCAUCUCUGAACUCAUAAGAUCAUGUUUUGUGGCCUAAAGCUCCGCCAAGCCACAUCCGCGUGCAGCAUGCGAGCACGGUAGCGAUGUUUUAUGCAAAGCCAAUGUUACCACGUGAACGUAAAGUCACGAGCCCCAAACAAAAAACCCCCACGUGUGCACGAUAGCAUUCGAGCCGAUGGUUUGUUUUAUUUUAUAUGUACCACCCGAUACUUCCAAUAAUGCUGGUACACGUUUGUAUGUGUGUGUGUAGGGUAAAGCCGUUUUGUUUGUGUGUAAGAAUAUUUUGUAAAUGUUGCGCGUGUACUUUAGCGCGGGAGAGAAAGAGGAAGCAAAUGCGGAAAUGCUUAAAACAUGAAAAAUGGUAAAUGUUAGCAAAAACUACAAUUUAAAGGAACGAUAUAAGGAAGGAACGCUACAGUAGACCUUUCAGCGGGGAAGGAAUGGGAACGUUUCCUGCUGCACGCUGCGCACACAACGUGACGCCGUGUACGUGGCUGUAGCUUUACUUUUAGAUGGACUUGAUGGCAAUAGUGUUUUUUUUUGUUUCGUUUUGUUUUUAGAUAGCUAUUGAAAAAUCAGUUUUUUUUGCUUCUCUCAAAUGAAAACCUCGUCAGAAACGUAGAAAGAAUAAUAAACGCAGCAAUGUAACCUGACAGUAGCGCA